AUGUGGAGCAUCAUUCAUGGAGAUUUGGUUCGUCCAGGAAAAACUCGAUUUGCGACAAAUCACAUUGCCAUCGAUAGCAUCUUAAAAUAUAAAAGCAAGCUUGAGAACAUUGUUUACAAGCAGCAAAUGGAUCGAGCAUUCAACAAGCAGAACCAAAGAAGGCAACAUGAAAUCCAACCGACCAUGCCAAUAUUAUAUGACAUGUUUCAAAGAGUUAAGCAAGAAAUAUCGCAGAUGCCAGGAAAGCAGUGGGUGCUUGACAUCAUUAAAAAUCGAUGGGACAAAACAUUGAGCCAACCAUUGCAUGCAACAAAUCGUAUGCUUUCGGGAUGCAAAAGGAUCAUUUGGCCAAACAUUAGCAAAAAAAACAAGAGGGACCAGAAGUUCAGUUCAUUUACAGCUGAUUGGUGGGCACAAUGGGGGUAUAUUGCACCAAACAUAUCAAGAAUUGCCAUACGUAUUUUAGCACAAACAGCUUCAUCUUCUGCUUGUGAAAAAAAUUGGAGUACUUUUGCUCUUAUUCAUACAAAACAAAGGAACCGUCUUACAUAUCAGAAGUUGGAAAAACUCGUAUACUGCUACUACAAUAUGAAGUUACGACUACGUGAUAAACGAGCAAAGGAUAAGAUUAUGCCUGCACACCUCGAUGAUGAAAAUGGCAACCCUCCUCCACAUGUCGUAGAAAAGGCAACUGAUUUUAGAAUUGAUAUAAACAAGGUAUUAUCUGAUGAAGUUGGAGACCCGGGAGAUGAUUCUGAUAAUCCUAGUGUGUGGGGCGGUGUAGCAACUCCAGAUAGUUCAAAUAGUGAUGAUGAUGAUGCUAGUGGUGGAGAAUUUGAGCAGUUUACUUGUGAAAGUAAUUUUGAUCAUGCUACCCAAGAUGAGAAUCAUGGAUCUAGAGCAGGCGGUCAUGGUGUACAACAGCAAAAUAAGUGCAGGAGGAGGACAAAAGGAGUCAUUGAUGAUCAAAGUAUUUCAUCUGAUGUUAGUUCAGUUGCCUUUGGAGACGUUUAUGAUCAAUUAUCGAGUUGGGCUCAUCCUUACUAUCCCAUUCUCGGAGAAACUGUUGGUAGCUCAAAAGAGAUAUAUGACUAUCAUGUUAACCAUUACAAUUCGUACUAUAUGACUCGUGGGAUCGAGAGCGGACAUCCGCAAGUGCGGACGUCGCCACUUCUGGUCACCAGCGAGCGCAACGACGACGCGGAAGCUGCCGGCUAUUCCAGCUACCGUGGUCCGGCGAUGGAGCUCCAACCGGCACAGAAAAGAGCGCCGGGAGGGGGGCACGGCUAG